AUGUCUCAGGUCCUCCGCAUAGGAGUCCUCCUCGUAGGAAGCGUCCAACUCCUCGACCUGGCGGCGGUAGACCUCCUCUACAUGGCCACACCAGAAUACCUAAACUCCUCCUCGCUCACACAAGCCCUAAUCGACAUGGGCCGGCCCUGUCAAAUCCACUACAUUGGCCAAGGCGGCGCAAGCAACAUGACACCAGCAACAGCGCAGAUGUCAAUACAGUUAACGGACGCGCCGACUGACGAGGCUGUCUCCCCGGGGAAAUUGGACGUCGUGAUUGUACCCGGUCCAUCGCUGAAAGCCAUGCCGCCGGCGGAGGAAUAUCUUGAUUUUGUGCGCGGUAUUACGAAUGGGCAUGACCUCGUUGUUGAGUAUCUCCGUGAGAAUUACCCUGCGCCACUCAUCAACGCCGUCAUCGUUCAGGCCGAUAUAACACCCCGACUAGUGCAUUACAGUAGUCCGGCGACGAUCAAUGCGGCGAAAUGA